GGCACCCCGAGAUCGCCCAAUUUCUACCCUGCACGUGGCAGCGACCCGGGCGCACGCGCACGAACUGGACAUACGCUCUGACAUCACGCUAACUUGAGCUGCGACGACGAUCAGAGACCCGCGCACCCCUUUGACCGCACAAUUGCAACACUUUCCUGGGAACAACUCGGGUGAUCGAGCAGCAGGCGAGCGCAGGCGAGCGCAGGGGUCCGAUUGCGGCUGGUCGCGACAGAGAGCUGGAACAGCAAUGACCAGCAGGUUGAGGAGCAGUCAUCCACAAUAGCGCACGCAAGCAGCAGUGACAUUGAGAGGGCAGUGGAGGCCCGGGAGAAGGGGGCGGCCAGCAGUCGCGAGGCUGGAGGAAGCAGCGCACUGCGAGCAGAGGCCGGUGGGGAGGAGAUGCCGGGCAGGCUGAUUAUGGAUCAGCAAGGACCGGUAGGGUCGCAAGACCUGAAAAAGGAUCGCGGUCAAGCGCACGAAGGAGUCACGUCGCAGAAGCGCGAUUUUGCGCAGAUGCAAGGUACGGCACAUGCCAAUGGCAGCGCGAACGGCCAUCCCAAUGGCCAGUCACUGGCCAACGGAGUAAACGGCCAGCACCAACUCUCUACGGCCACAAGCGGUCAUUCGAACGGCACACCCACAGCAGUCUCGAGUCUUCCCACGCCUCCGCCGCUUGAUCAGUCAUGGCGCAGUUCAGAUGCGAACAAGCCCAUGGGUGUCAUGCUCCAGCGCCUGGCCCAGCAGUGUUUUGCAGAUCUGAACGAUACGUGCAACAAGAUGAGCCAGAUGCCUCCGCCUCCACCGGCGGCUGCAAACGGAGUGGUUCCUCAUAUAAAUGACCCUUCGCGCGAGAGUGUGGAACGGAAACGGGUGUGGAUGGACUUUGCAAAUGGGCAGAGAGAUCGCUUCAUCAAGGCGCUUGUUCUGUCAGACUGGGCACGCAGUGAGCAUGACAUGGCGAAGCUCGUCGACCUCAAGGUGUGGCAAGAGAAACAGUCGAGAGCACAAGACGCAGCCAAGAGAUUCAUUGGCGAAAUUAAGCAUGGCGUCGUCGCUGCUAAGAUGCGCAAUCCCAACAUCGAGGACGCAAUGGAGCUACUUGCGACUGGCAAGUCGUCGAAAUGGCCCGACCUCAUGUGGAUACCGCCUAAGAAGCUGCCGGCCAAGCGGCUUGUCGCGACUCUUAAUGACAUGAACGUGAUGCUUGCGACACGGCUGAAUCUGCACGAAGAGCUACCACUACACUUCCGCGACUAUUCGAUCGCCAACGGGAGGGCUACUUUCCGCGUACCCGGCGAGUUCGAAGUAGAUCUAUCAAUCGCUGAGGAAGACCCGAGUUCGCAAUUCUACCUCAUUGACUUGCGAUUUACGUUCACGCCAACGCCCAGUAUAUCGGACCCAUUGCGCAAUGCUCUUGAAGCUCAGACUAAUGGAGCUCUGAGCUCCAAGGGCCUUCAAGGCUGUUACGAAUUCUUACACAAUUUUGUUCUUACCCACAAAAUCAAUGUCUUCAGAUCGCAAGCAGUGAAACUCUUUCGUGAAAAGUGGUUUGGCUGCUUGGUGACAGAGACGCAGAGAAGAGUAUUCGCGAUCCACUACUGGCGAGACCAAGCUGGGAAGAAGAGUUGGAUCGAAUUUGGUAUCAACACAGGCAAAGUGCAAGGCAAACGGAUGAGAAAAGCUCCAACGGCACGGCAUUCUGUCCGUUGGUUCCGUCAUGGACAGGAAGUGCAAGACGACAGCAUAGAGAUUGACUGGAACAAUCUAGACCUGGACGCCAUUCUCACCCAAGUGAUAGCCAAGCACGCGUCGUGGACGCUCUCUACGGUUGAGAAAAGGUUACGAACUUAUGCUGGCACCGCAUCAACCCUGCACAGUGAACUCUGUACUUCCGCCUCCAAUCCCGGCGCAUGUAAGCUGGGGCUGUCACUUCCAGGUCUCCGUACUGCAAUUACCCUGCGGCUCGAGCCCGUCACCGGGCUCAUGACCAUUUUUCCUGAAAGUCGAGACGCUGCAACGGCGGAGCGUAAUUUCAAUCGCAAUCCCAUCGUCGACAACUCUGCGAGCUUCACUCAGCUUCUUUGCCGGGCUGUGCAAGAUCGCGUGCGCAGAGCUGUCAUCUCGUCUGGAUGGCAACUCGCGGAUCUUCGUGGUUUUGGCGCUCAGCCUAACUUCAAGGCCUUGUUCGGCCAAGGGAUUGUGCGAUCUGACAUUCUUCACUGCGCCAGAGGCUGGAAAGACUGGGCGUUGUGCACGACCUACAGUCUUUCUGGUCAGAACUGGUGGGCUGUGCGCCUCAACAAGCAAGCAGUCGAGCAAGGAAAAACGGUUACGACAAUCGCAGAAGCGCGAGCCAUCAACGUCUCGGCAACUGGCCUAUGUCGCGCAGACUUGUCACGUAUCCGAAGACUUGCGGAGGCAGAGAUAUCCUUUGCAGUGUUGGCGCACGACCUCGAGGCGAACCAGAUCCCACACCAUAUUGAUAGUCUGUCCUCGCCACAACUUCACAGCGAUACUACCUCGCUCCAACAAGACAGUGCGGUGGCAGUUUACCUCCGCCUCACUCCUAAAGACCUGAAGAGCUCUGUGUUAACAAAGUACAAAUCUCUAAGCAUCACGAAUUGGGUCAGGAUAGCAUAUCAAGGCAUCGUUGACGAGGACGAGGAAACCGCCCAUGUAAGACACGACAUUCGCUUGACUGUAGACUCUGAGAAGCUCAAACACCUCCACGAUUACUUCACGAAUUCGAAGGUCCGAGACGCAGAUAUCGCUAUGAACGGAUCUGGUGGCUUGGCGUUGUCUUUACGCACUCCCCUUGGCCAGCCAUACGUCACAAAGAUCAUUGCAUUGCUGGAUCGUUGUCGGGAGCUCAAUGAGGUACUAUUGACGGCACCCAGGCUGCAAUUCACUUGCACUACUGUGGGGCUUCAGAAAAUCACCUUCACUUAUGGCGCUAUGCAUCAGUACAUCGGCUCCCUGGUCACAAAUGGUUCAGGCACUCUCCUGAAGCUAGACCCACCCUUCACCAACCCACAUCAGCGCAUUCGCGUAUUGCUCGAGAGGCUUUACAAUAAGGCAAGGGAUCACAAGUUUUGGGCGCUCGCCCUCGCCAUGAAUGCUGUCCAACCUCUUCUGGAAAGCCUCGUAAAUCUGGAAACCUCGCACGCAGCUCAACAUACUCUGUUGAUUCAUUCACACGACGUCUCGAUGCACACAGUGGAGUAUCGCUCGCCAUUCAUCCCCUGCAGGUUCAAGGCAUCUGUGCAAUGGUAUAGGGCAGAGGGAGGGCGGCGUCAGCACAGAUAUACCAUCACACCUCAUCAAAGGGAGGGCGUCGAAAUGCCUGCUGCAUUCAGCAAUGCUCUUGACGAGCUGAGCAGAAAUUGCGGCUCAACGGCAGAAGGCUGGUUCGGAAACAACAAGGGUGGCUACACCGCUACACACCCGAAGGGUCUGCCCACAGUGUUCCGGCGACUGGAUGACUUCAUGCGCACAUCGGGCCAAGCAAGUGAUGCUACUGUGAACAAGGUGGAAAAGCAAGAGACGCCAGUGCCCAAUGCGAAGCCGACGUUGAACCGCAAUCCUUCCAAGCACAACGUAUCACAUCAGCAGAAGCCGAACGGUCAGACACAGCCGAAGCCUCAGCCAAGACCACAGCAGCAAAACCAAUCCAAGCAGAGUUACAAGCCCCAUGACAGUACAGCAAACCAGACACUGAAACCCAAUCAGAAGUCAGGUAAGACGAAGCAGGAGCAGGAAGUCAUCGAACUCGACUAAAAGCCAGCCAAGAUCUGGAAAAUGAAUGCAGUAUACAAAAGGAUCUUGGGGGCUGGUUGGAAGGCGGUAGCCGGAAUACCGUACCUAGUAAAGUGGUUAGGAGAGAUUGAUACGACUAUAGAAAUCCUUCCCCCUUCCAGAAAUGAACUCG